AUUCGAUUCAAGAAUUGUUGCCGUGCUCGAAUUGACUCGCGGUGGCAUAAAAAGUUGGCAAGGCUUCAUCAUGAAAAUCCUUGUCACCUGCUGAGCAUCCAUGACACGCUGAAUUACCCUUUGCCAUCCACAAGAUGGCCGCCGUUAGAAUAUGCGUCUGCGGCGACGAUGGUUGUGGUAAGUCCAGUCUUAUCACCUCACUUGUAAAGGAUACGUUCGUUAGCAACAAGAUCCAAGCCGUCCUCCCCCAGAUCACCAUUCCUCCGACGCUGGGGACACCGGAAAAUGUCACUACUACGGUGCUCGACACAUCUGCGCAGCCGCAAGACAGGGCGCACCUGGCGGCCGAAUUGCGACGAUCCAAUGUCAUCCUCCUCGUCUACUCGGACCACUACAGUUACGAAAGAAUUGCGUUGUUUUGGCUGCCACACUUUCGCUCCUUGGGGGUCAAUCUACCGGUGAUCCUGUGCGCGAACAAGUCAGAUCUCGUCACCAGCAGUACUGCCGCGCAGGUGGUCGAGGAAGAGAUGUUACCUGUUAUGGCGGAAUUCAAGGAGAUUGAUUCAUGCAUUCGAACGAGUGCUCGUGAUCACUUUAAUGUGAAUGAAGCUUUCUUUCUGUGCCAGAAAGCUGUGACACAUCCCAUUGCUCCUCUGUUCGAUGCAAAGGAGUCGGCCCUCAAGCCAGCAGCUGUCGCAGCUCUGCAGCGAAUCUUCUAUCUAUGUGACAAGGACAAGGAUGGGCUCUUGAAUGACAAAGAGAUGCAAGAUUUCCAAGUCAAGUGUUUUGACAAAGGGUUGAGCGAGGAAGAUCUGCAACAUAUCAAGGACACCAUCAACCAACACCUGCCUGGGUCCGUCACGGCUCGCGGAAUCAACUCGCAAGCGUUUCUCCAUCUGAAUAAGCUUUAUGCUGAAAAAGGACGACAUGAAACGAUAUGGGUUAUCUUGAGGACAUUUCAAUAUACCGACAGCCUUUCUUUGCAAGAGUCAUUUCUCCAUCCCAAGUUUGAGGUGCCAGAGUUCUCAUCCGCCGAACUGUCACCGGCCGGGUAUCGCUUCUUUGUGGACCUGUUCCUCACUUCUGACCGGGACAAUGACGGGGGAUUGAGAGACGAAGAAUUGGCAUCUCUAUUUGCUCCAACCCCGGGCAUUCCUCAACUCUGGGUGGACAACAAUUUCCCCGUUUGUACGGUGCGAAAUGAUGCUGGACACAUCACUUUGCAGGGAUGGUUGGCACAGUGGUCGAUGACGACCUUCACAUCACCCAAGACGACGUUGGAAUAUCUAGCAUACCUAGGAUUUGAAUCGCCUGAUCGUUCUAACGCAACGACUACCGCGGCUUUGAAGUUGACCAAGGCGCGAAAGAGAAGACAGAAGCCGGGCAAAGUAGGUCGAAAUGUGAUUAUGGCACACGUGCUCGGUGCCCCUCAGUCAGGGAAGUCAGCAUUACUCGACACAUUCCUGGCUCGAUCCUACAAUCAUCUAUACCUACCGACGAUCCAACCUCGAGUGGCGGUCAAUACGGUUGAACUUCCUGGCGGGAGGCAAUGCUAUUUGAUUCUGAAGGAAUUGGGAGAAUCGGAAGCGGCAGUUCUGGAGAACAAGAACAAACUUCUGGAUCAAUGCGAUGUGGUUGUGUAUACAUAUGACUCGUCGGAUCCGGAUUCGUUUGCGUAUAUUCUCAAUAUCCGCAAGAUGUAUCCACACCUGGAGGAGUUGCCGUCUGUGUAUGUGGCACUGAAGGCGGAUCUCGACCGAACGACACAGAGAUCGGAGCAUCAACCAGACGAGUAUGUAACUCAACUACAACGAAUGCCGCAAGGACCACCCAUCUCGACCAGUGUGGCGUGGCCUUCGAUUCAGGAGCUGUUUGUUUCCAUCUCUCUUGUUGGACUUGAGCCUGUUAUUGGGUAUCCUCGACCGCUGCAAGAAGAUGAUAAUGGCCAGUUGAUGAGGUAUGGGUUAGUUCUGGGCGUGGUGGUGUGUGCUGGAGCUGCAGCAGUGGUGAUUUGGCGGAGGGCUGGGGUCCCAACUUGAUGAUCAAGCGAUAAUAAAACAUCUGCAUUGUAGAACUGUAUUAACAUGAUGAGUCUUACU